AUGAUCCCUCCUGAGGUGCAGCAACCUGUCGGCUGGACUGAACCUGGAUCCUACCCCGGACCUUCCGUCGUUCGGAGGCUUGAGGGUGGGGCAAGGUUAGUAGGGGGCGCCUCUCAGGACAUGAGGCCGACUGAUUGGCAAGUUCUCAAGCCUUUUGUGGAGACCGCACUGUGCCAGUUGGGAUAUGUCGAUCUUGUCUGGAAGGAGGUCAAGUGGACAAGAAAUGCCAAAGGACGGAAGAGGUCUGCGUCAGUCAGGAACGGGGGGGUUGACCCCCCGUGA